AUUUCGCAACUUUACGAAGUCACCGCUAAACGUAGUUGUAAAGUUAUGUGGAUGCAAAGACCUGCUAUGAUCAACUGUCCUCCAGGCCUUGAGUAUUUGGCUCAAAUAGACCAGUUGCUGGUUAAACAGGUGGUUGAUGUUAUCGAAAGUUUCGUGCCUUAUGAAGUACAAAAUCGUUAUGCAUGCUACAACGCCUUGGGGCAGGGUGUAUAUCGGUGCUACGAAGAAUCUAAUUUUUGUGUACGCGCACUUUGUGGGGCAUCAAGACCGUUCGAAUUGCAUAUUAUUAGCAAUGAUAACUCUGAAGUUAUCCGUGCUAUUCGACCUUAUCGAUGUGAUUGUUACCACUGUUGUUCGUGUUUAGAAUGCUGUCUAGAGGAACUUGAAGUUCAGUCUCCAGUGGGCAAUUGCAUCGGCUACGUGAAACGAGUAUUUAGUGGCUGUAAUAUUGAUUACCACAUUUUGGAUAGUAACUUGAGCACAGUUCUGCAGAUACGUGGUCCAUCAUGUUGUUUCUGUGACUUGUUGGGAUCGGAUAUAAAAUUCAAGGUAACUUCUGCUGACGGUACUAUGGAAAUAGGUAGAAUCACCAAAAAAUGGAGUAAUGUUGCCCAAGAAUUAUUUACUGAUGCAGAUAAUUUCGGUGUUUCUUUCCCGAUAGACUUGGAUGUGAAAGUGAAGGCAGUCGUCUUAGCUGCUGUUUUCCUUAUCGAUUUUAAAUUUUUCGAAAGGAAACCAAGACAAAGACGUUCAAUGUUUACAUCUGGGUAAUGUUUUCUAUGCGUGUGUGUGUGUGUGUCUUCGUCGUUUGAGUCCAUUCAUUUGCAGUAUUUAUAUGGAAAUAUGAAUUUUCUUUUGAUAUUUUUAACGCUUCUUUUAAUCUGUUCUCUGUUCUUUUUUAUUAUCAUUGACUUUUAUAUGAAAAUGCUACACUUUCCUAGGUAUUUUAUCCAUUCAAUCUAUGUUUAUAACUUGUUCUGAUUUUUGUUUGAACAUUAUACCUGGUUGACUUCUUUUCACAAUUUCUCUUUAUUUCAAAAUCCAUGAAGUAUUUUAUCCUUGUUUCCAUUAAAACAUGUAUAUCUUUUAAACACUCUAACUGCAAUUUUUUAAAUUAUUAUGUCGUGUAAAAAUUCACAUAUUAAUUUACUGUAAACAAUGAAGUUAACAACCCUUGUUUAAAUAUUUGACCAAUUUAUCAGGUAUAUGCU